AUGUUAUCUUUUGAUAAUAUCAUACAACAAUUAUUCUAUCGUUGGGGUUCAAUUGCUUAUCGUUUUCGAUUUAUUCUAUUUAUUGGACCAAUCUUAUUAACAAUAGCUCUUAGUUUUGGAUUUUUGUUUAUCAAAAGACAGACGACAAUCGAUCCGGAAUAUGUUUUCUCACCAAAAAAUGCACAGUGGCGUUACGAGAAAAAAGUGCUCAGUGAUUAUUGGCCUUUAAAUGAACAGGAAUUUUGGCCUGGCAAAAGUUACGACUAUACAGGAUAUUUGGAUAUUAUAGCAGCUGGAAUAAAGCAUCCAAAAUUUGGACGACCAAAUAUGUUGGUAUUAAAGUAUUUGGAUGAAUUGGAACGGAUCAAUCAGCAUAUUAUACAUAAUAUUACAAUAUCAGUAACACAUAAUAAUAUGACAUACGAAGUUGGUUUUACGGAUUUAUGCAUGUCAUACGACUGGAAAUGUUUUAUGAAUGAACAUGUGACAAUGCUUAUGCCAAAAGAACGAUGGGGAAAUUUUGAUCCAAAAUUAGCUGAAUUUACUGAUGAUAUAAUCAAUAAUGAGGUUAAAAUAACUUAUCCAAUCGGUUGGCGUGGAACUGAACCAAUCUAUUUUGGCGCAUUGAUCGGUGCACCCCAUAUCAUCGAUAAAGAAGGUCAUUUCAAUUACGUCCGAGCUGUUAGACUUACUUAUAAUGUUCGAGAUGAAAAAAUUGGUAAUAUUAGCUAUUUGUGGCGUAAAAAGGUUGCCGGUUUUUUAUCUGACGUCAAGAAUCCAGCAUCCAAAAUCCUGGAAUUCGGUAUGUUUCAUAAUGAAAGUUUACCGGAAGGCUUACAACAAGUUGCUGAUUCAUUGUCACCAAAGUUUGCAAUAACUGGUGUCGUCCUAUUCUCGCUUUGUGGAUUAAGCGCUAUUGUUUUAUACAAACAUAAUGAUGGAUUCAUUGCCGUCGACUGGUUGCGCAGCAAACCGACAAUAGCAUUAGCCGGUUUAUUUUGUCCUUUACUUGCAAUUAUAAGCGGAUUUGGUUUAAUUUUAUGGAUGGGUUUCUUAUACAAUGCUAUUGUCAACGUAUCACCAUUUAUCAUCUUUUGUAUUGGUGUGGAUGAUAUGUUCAUAAUGAGCGCAGCUUGGCAUCGAACUAAUGUUGAACAAAGUGUUUCACAUCGUUUAUCCGAAUCACUUGCCGAAGCAGCGGUUGCAAUAUCAAUAACAACAAUCACUGAUAUGUUAACCUUUGGCAUUGGCUGUUUGACAACAUUACCAAGCGUACAAAUGUUUUGUUUUUAUACAUUUAUGGGUAUAGCAUUCACUUAUCUUUAUCAGUUAACAUUUUUCACCUCUGUUAUGGCAUAUAGUGGAAAACGAGAAGGUGAUGGAUUGCAUGCGAUAACAUUAAAACCAGUUAUCAGUGAAGAAUUAGCUGAUAAUUUAUUUAAAAAACUAUUUCUAACGGGUAGCAUAUCAUCAAAAUCGACAAUUUCAACGAAUAAUAAUACUUCUUCAAAGAUACCAUCUGAAAUUGUGCAAGAAAAUGUGACAAGAAAUGAAGAAGGAAAUGAAGAAAAUGUGAAAAUUACAUUAAGUCAAAAAAUGCGUAAGAAAUUCAUGGAUUUUAAACAAAGCUUAAAUAAGGAACUACCAAAAUCGAAACAUCGUGAAACAAUGAUUUCGAAAAUAUUUCGCGAAUAUUACGGUCCUUUCUUGCUUGAUUGUUUCACCAAGAAAGUUUUUAUUUUCAUUUAUAUCAUCUAUUUAUCAUUAGCAAUAUUGGGUUGUACAAUGUUGAAGGAAGGUUUAAAUCCGAAAUUUCUUGUUCUGGAUUCAUUUUAUCUCAGCAAAUUUUAUAUAUUAAUGGAUGAAACGUUCUGGGAAGAAGGCCUACAAAUGCAAGUUGUGGUAAAUUCACCACCUGAUCUGUUUAAUUCCAAGGAAAGAAAAGAGUUCCAGAAUAUGCUCGAUGAUUUCGAAAAUACGGAAUAUACAAUGCGACAUAAUGCGACAAUGAUAUGGCUUGAUGCCUACGAAAGAAAGCUUAGAGAAGAUCACAAUUUUUCAAAGAUUCCAUUACCAAAAACAAGUCAAGAGUGGUACGAACGAUGUCGAGAAUGGCUGAUCUCAGCUGGCGGACGACGUUUAUGGGAAAAGGAUAUGGUUUGGGGCAAAAAUGAAAGUGACCCCAAAACAUAUAAUCAUCUGUUUGCUUUUCGUUUUCAACUUGGACUUCGAAAUUAUAAAACGCCAACUGAUCAUAUGCGCAGUGCGAUACUAAUGAGAGAAAUUUCAGCCAAAUAUGCAAGAUUCAACAUCACUACUUUUCAUGAAUACUAUCCAUUCGCAGAUCAGUAUAUUGAACUGAAGCCAGCAUUAAUCAGGAAUUGUUUACUGGCAAUGCUAUCUAUGCUUAUCGUAUCGUUUAUCAUGAUACCAAGUUGGAUUGCUGCAUUUGUCAUUGCAUUUGCAAUUUUCAGCAUUGAUAUUGGUGUAAUUGGUUUUAUGACAUUUUGGGGUGUACGUCUAGAAAGUGUUUCAAUAAUAACAGUUAUUAUGAGUAUUGGUUUUGCCAUUGAUUUAUCAGCGCAUAUUGGUUAUGCAUAUGUAAAAUCGAGUGGAAAUCGACAUCAAAAGGCAAUCAGUGCAUUAGAAACUAUUGGCUGGCCUGUUUUUAUGGGAGCUUUAUCAACAGUGCUUGGUAUUUUAGUACUUGCAACAGUUCAAGCAUAUAUCGUACAAAUCUUUUUCAAAACGGUAUUUCUUGUUAUUAUUUUCAGUAUGAUACAUGGUCUAAUAUUACUUCCAAUAUUCCUGACGAUUAUUUUAAAGUAA